AUGUUUUUUCAUACAGAAACUUAUUCAUUUUUCCUUCAUUUCUCUUUUAUUAUAUCUUUCUUUCAUCAGUCUUUAUGCAACUUCAUUCCUUAUAUACCUCAUUUUCAAUUGAAAAAGACUCCCACCCUUUUUUUUUUAUCCUCAUUUUCACCAGUUUUCUUAAUUUAUCUUGCUUUUCCUUUUUUUCCUCACUCACUUUUUCUCCUUUUCAAGUUGUUAUUAACUUUCUCAUCUUUGAAUAACCAGAAGAUUACAACAAAAAGAAAAAAGAAAAGAGGAGAAGACUCCUCCCUCACAGAAAAGAAACCUGCAGUUGAUCACUUAAAUUUAAUCUUUUUUUUGUUGUUGUUGUUCACAAAUUUCUUCAUUUUAUUCUUUUCUUCUUCUGCUUCAUUAUUUCUUCAUUCAUUUGAUUACUUUUCUUUAUUGCCUUUUCUUUUUUUUUCAUUCUUUUUCUUGCUUUUAUUUCUUUCAUCCAUUCUUUCCGUUCGUAUUUCUUUUGUAUCAUCCUUUCCAACAUUGAUUUUUUUUUAA